CACACACCGUUUCAAAAUAUACAAUCGACAAUGUAUCGUGCUGCCUAUCAAAAAGGUUUCCUUACCGUGCUUUACAGCGUAGGCAGUUCGCCCCUGAACAACUGGUCCUCCUAUACCAAAAACGGGUAUAUCAAACGGAUCUACGAUGAGGACAUCAAGUCCCUGGUGCUCGAGAUCAUGGGCUCGAAUGUGUCCACCACUUUCAUACACUGCCCCAGCGAAUGCAAGGAGCAGCUGGGCAUCAAGCUGCCAUUCCUGGUGCUCCUCAUUAAGAACAUGCACAAGUACUUUUGCUUCGAAGUUAAGAUUCAAGACGAUCAGCGCUUCAUGCGCCGCUUUCGAGUGUCCAAUUUCCAGAGUAAGACCUCCGUGAAGCCCUUCUGCACGGCCAUGCCGAUGGGCAUGUCACCGGGCUGGAAUCAGAUUCAGUUCAACCUGGCCGACUUUACGCGCCGUGCUUACGGCUCCAACUAUCUGGAGACGGUAUCCUUGCAGCUGCAUGCCAACGUACGCAUCCGGCGCAUCUACUUCGCCGAUAAGCUGUACACAGAGGCGGAGUUGCCCAACGACUACCGUCUGAUGGGCAAGCCGAAGGACCUGAAGAAGCCGGAGAAGCAGUUCAAGGUGCAGGCCACUGCGCGUCCUCCGUCGCCAUUGAACACGGGCCGCGGUGAACCCGGACCAUCCAAAGACACGGACGCUGAGGCAACAGGUCCCGCCACGGAUCCGAUGAGUGAGCCGGAGCCCGCGCUGCAGAAGUCUCCGUCGCCGCCUGUUCCGCAGAAGGUUCCGUCGCCAGCAGCUUCAGCUCCUCCAGAGCCCGCCACCGAGGAACCAGCUCCACAAACGGAGGCCACCGAAGAGGCCUACUAUUAAGUUACGUUGCAUAAUUGCUUGUUUUUAUCAUUCUGUUGACACGCGACUGGUAGUGGCACAAAGUUUAAAUUUCCAGUCAGAGCAAUCAUAA